AUGGCGCCCCUUGUGGCUGUUGCUUCCGCUUUCUCUGCCUCAAACUCACUUGACUCCAAGAAAUUCUCGGGUUCGCUUCCUAUCUCAUUUUUAUCUCCCGUUAUGCUUUGCUGGAUUGCCCUUGUGGAUUUGAUUAUGAUUCCAAUUGCUGUUCCUUUUUCUGUCAUUUCUAGUUAUAGUCUGUCUUUUGGGGAGGAAAGCUGGCAUAUUGUAGUCAGAUCUGAUGCGAGUUUGAACUUCAGUGCCGGAGCUCGUAAGGCUGAACGCUUGAUUCCAAAAGCAGUUGCAACUAAAGGAGAUAGUUCUGCGGCUUCUACUUCAUCGAAACCUGGACAUGAACUUCUCCUUUUUGAGGCCUUACGUGAAGGUUUGGAAGAAGAAAUGGAAAGGGAUCCCACUGUAUGCGUCAUGGGUGAAGAUGUAGGUCACUAUGGAGGAUCUUACAAGGUGACUAAAGAUCUGGCCAAAAAGUUUGGUGACCUCAGGGUUCUGGACACCCCUAUUGCUGAGAACUCCUUCACUGGGAUGGGUAUUGGGGCUGCCAUGACUGGUCUGAGGCCAGUUGUUGAGGGCAUGAACAUGGGAUUUCUGCUUCUCGCAUUUAACCAGAUCUCCAACAAUUGCGGCAUGCUCCAUUACACUUCUGGAGGUCAGUUUAAAAUACCAAUUGUUAUCCGUGGACCUGGUGGAGUUGGGCGGCAAUUAGGGGCAGAACACUCCCAGAGACUGGAGUCAUAUUUUCAGUCAAUCCCUGGAAUACAGAUGGUGGCUUGCUCAACCCCUUACAAUGCCAAGGGCUUGAUGAAAGCUGCAAUUCGUAGUGAGAAUCCUGUGAUACUAUUUGAGCAUGUCCUGCUUUAUAACCUCAAGGAGAGAAUUCCAGAUGAAGAGUAUGUAUUGUCGCUUGAAGAAGCUGAGAUGGUUAGGCCUGGAGAGCAUGUAACCAUAUUGACCUAUUCCAGGAUGAGGUAUCAUGUAAUGCAGGCUGCCAAGACAUUGGUGAACAAGGGGUAUGACCCUGAAGUAAUUGAUAUCAGGUCUUUGAAACCAUUUGAUCUCUACAGAAUUGGGAAUUCAAUCAAGAAGACGCACCAUGUGCUAAUUGUUGAAGAAUGCAUGAGGACAGGUGGAAUUGGUUCUAGUUUGACAGCUGCCAUCAACGAAAAUUUCCAUGAUUAUUUGGAUGCUCCUGUUGUAUGUUUAUCCUCUCAGGAUGUGCCAACCCCAUAUGCUGGGACAUUGGAGGAAUGGACUGUAGUUCAACCUGCACAGAUUGUGACGGCAGUUGAGAAGCUCUGCGAGUAAUUGCUUCAAUUAUAUGAGCAAUUAGGGUGUGGUUCUGGUAAAGCUUUUCUUGUUGACUAAGCUAGAACUUUCAUUAUAUUUUUCCUUUCUUUUUCCUUUGUUCUUUUUUUUUUUUGGGGGGGGGGGGGAACUCAUUAUGAUUUUAGUUUAUUAUGGGAGUUUCAUUUAGUUCUUCUGCAUCACUGAUAUAUAGUUUGUAAGAACUUUGGUAAGCACAAUAUUUUGUGGUUGCCUUUAAUCCUUGUUAUUUAUUUGCAAAUGCGCCUAUGUAUAUGGUACUGCGUGUAUUUGAGUGCUUUUGCAUUCAAUUCAAAGAUUUACGCAAGUAUGGGGAUUGCACAGUAAAUUAUUUAA